AUGGACCUGAAGAGAGCGCUGGACGUGGAGGAGGAGGUGUUGGACGGCGACGAAGAGGAGCUCGCCGGCUGCCCCGACGCCAAGCGCCGCCGGACGUUCGUCAAUAGCUCGAUGCAGGAGGCCAUUGGCGCGCAGUACAUGCAGAGGCAUCUGCCCAAGCUGGAGCCAUUUCUGCGCAGAGUCGUGCAGGAGGAGGUGCAUAAUGUUCUUAUCCGACACAUCGAUUCCGCAAACGGGCUCCCGCUCCAACUAAAGACAACCAGCAAACGGUACAAGCUGCAGUUCCAGGGAAACCUGCCGCAGACGCUUUUCACAGGCAACAGGGUCGAGGCGGAGAACAAGCAGCCGCUCCGGCUAGUCCUGACCGACGCCGCCACCAACCAGACGGUCACCUCCGGGCCCUUGUCCUCGAUGAAGGUCGAGCUCCUCGUCCUCGACGGCGACUUCAACGCCGACGAGCGGCUGGAGCACACCGAAAAGGAGUUCAGCGAGAGCGUCGUGUUCGAGAGGGAAGGCAAGAGGCCGCUCUUGUCCGGCGAGGUGAUCAUCGUGCUCGAGAAGGGCACCGCCUCCAUCCGCGACAUCUCCUUCACGGAUAACUCCAGCUGGAUAAGGAGCCGCAAGUUCAGGCUUGGCGCGAGGAUGUCCAGGGCUAGUUCCAUCGAAGAACGGGUGCAGGAAGCUGUGAGCAAUCCGUUCCUGGUGAAGGAUCACCGUGGAGAAGUGUACAAGAAGCACCACCCACCUGCAUUAGCAGACGACGUGUGGCGUCUGGAGAAGAUCGGGAAAGACGGCGUAUUCCACAAGAAGCUGGCUGACUUCGGAAUCCACACUGUUCAAGACUUCCUCAAGAACUUGGUGAUGGAUCAGUACGGACUGCGCAGCUUGCUUGGCAGCGGCAUGUCGAACAAGAUGUGGGAAUCCACGGUGGAGCACGCCCGGGAGUGCGUGCUGGACGACAAGCUCUACUCCUACUGCAGCGGGCACGGGAUCGUGCUCCUGUUCAACUGCAUCUACGAAGUCGUCGGCGUUAUCGUCGGCAGCCACUGCUUCACCUUGAGCGCUCUCACUCCGACGCAGAAGGCACUGGUGGUGAAGCUGCAGCAGGACGCGUACAAGUUCCCGGACCGCAUAGCCGAGUUCAAGGUGCAGUCGCAGAGCGCCGCGGAGCAGCCACCCGCCACGUUCCAGGCCCCGCCGGCGCCGUUGCCUGUGCCCGCGGCGCAGAUGCUCGGCCUCCCACACGGCGUCGUCCAGCCUUCUGCCGCAGGCGCGCUGGCGAGCUCGCACGACGGCCAUGGCCUGCUGCUGAACCCGCAGCUCCUCCAGCACCAGCACCAGCACCAGCCGCUGAGCGAGGCCCUGGAGGACGUGCUGCAGUCGGCCAGCGCGGCGCACCAGCUCAACGCCGCCGAGGCGUGGUUCCCUUCAUUUGGGGCGGGCGGGUUCGACGCGAGGGACCCGUUCGACGUGCAGUUCAGCGGGUCGCAGCCGUGCGGGCUGCUUCUCUCCAGCACCGGCGCCAGGUUGUGA